AUGUAUUUCACAGCGGAAGAGUGGGGGACCUUGGAGGAAUGGCAGAAAGAGCUUUACAAACAUGUUGUGAUGACCAACUAUGAGACUUUGUUCUCCUUGGGCUAUGCUAUUCCCAAACCAGACUUGAUAAUUCAGAUUGAACGAGGAGAAGAGCCAUUCAUCAGAGAUCAGGGACCUUUGAAGACACUAGAACUGGCCAUUGGUUCCAGUGCUGAUGGGCAUCUUGGCUUGAAGAACAUACAGAUGCAGCUGUUUGACUGUGCCAUCCCCAGGCCAGACUUGAUAACUCAGAUUGAACAAGGAGAAAAGCCUUUCAUCAGCAAUCAAGGGAACUUGGAAACAGAAGACUUUGCUAUCUGCUCUAGUGAUAAUGAGCAUCUUGGCUUGAAGAAUACAGAGAUGCAGAAGUUUUGUGGGGAUUCUGGAUCUUCAAGUUUGAGACAAAAGGAAAGCCAUGGACAUGACCUCCAAAACCAGAACUGGUAUAGACCCUUACCAUUCCGCUGCAAUGCAUGCAGCAGGGGCUUCACCCACAAAUCUCAGCUUGCCAAUCACAUUAGAGUCCAUAGACCCAAGAAGCACUUUCAGUGCACGGAGUGUGAUAAGAACUUUGCCCAAAAGUCUCGACUGCUCAGGCACCAGUGCCUGCACACAGGUGAGAGGCCCUUUCAGUGCCCCAAGUGUGACAAGAGCUUCCACCAGAAGGGGCAUCUGCUCAAACACCUGCCCCUUCACACAGGGGAAAGGCCCUUCCGUUGCCCUGACUGUGACAAAAGCUUCCGAGUAAAGGGUGACAUGAAGGCCCACCAGCGCCGGCAUAGGGAGGAAAAGCCAUUUUCCUGUAGUGAAUGUGGUAAAGGCUUCACCACGCAUCAUUAUCUUACUGAUCACAUCAGAAUCCACACAGGUGAAAGGCCUUUCCAAUGCCCAGAGUGUGGCAAGAGCUUCCGAGUAAAGGGCGACAUGAAGGCCCACCAGCGAAGACAUAUCAAGCCCCGGUCAUUCUGCUGCAGUGAAUGUGAUGAGAAAUUCCACAAGCAAUCUGAACUCACAGACCACAUUAAGGUGCACACAAAGAAACAGCACUACAGGGCUUUGCUGUUUGGACUGAUGGAUCUUGAUUGGAGUUGAGACCAAAUCUAUAGCAUACAACAUGUGAUUAUCAAAGUCAAAGAGUUGAAAAGCAUUUUAAACACUAUCUAACCCUAUUACAUUCUUGACAAAUGACCAUUCAGCUUCUGCUGGACUAUCUCUAGUAACAGGAUCCUUAGUACCUUAUAAAGCAGGUCAUUCCAUUCUGGGGUAGCUCUAAUUGUUGAAAAGUAUUUCCUUAGCUAGAACCAGAAUCAGGCUCCCUAUAACUUCACCUCUUAGUCAUAGUUCUCCUCUUUGACCAAGCAGAAGUUUAGUAACCACAUCACAACUGUUGAAUAUUAUCUGUCCAUUAAAGUGAAUGAUGGAACUGGGUAA